CGCUGUAGAUGGCGGCGAAAAUGUGUGCCUGUAUGUCGUCCCUGUAUUCUCUGUGUAUUUAAUACGUAAAAGGAUCGGUUCCUUUCUCGAGAUGCGCAUUAUAGUUGAAAUGUAGCUAUUUCAACGAUUAAACAAAAGAUCGAUGAAAUUUAUUUGUACGAUAUGGAAGAAGGUAUAAAGUUCGAUAUAAAGGAGGUUAAGUCCGAUCUUUUGCGCGCGAUAAACGAAUGUUCUCAACGUGGGUUGUUGCAUACCACAAAGUGGUUAGCAGAAUUGAGUUAUUCUUUAAAAGAUGUUAAGCUAAACAUGCAUGAUAUUACACCUGAUAUGUACGUAUCGGAUGUAAGCGAUGAAGAAGAUACAUACAUUCUGGCUAAAUCUUAUUUCGACUCGAAAGAGUAUGAUAGGGCAGCUUAUUUCACGAAAGAAUGUAAAAGUUCAAAAGUUAGGUUUCUGCACUUAUAUUCUCGGUAUUUGUCCGAAGAGACGAAAAAGAUAUAUGACACAACAGUAGUGCCUCCAGACCCUUUGAAAAACGACAGUUUGAAACUGUUGUGUACAGAUUUGCGAAACGAUCAUCUGGCGGAUAAGCUGGAUGGUUUUGGUUUAUAUCUUUUCGGCGUGACCUUGAAAAAAUUGCAACUUGGCCGGGAAGCUAUGGACGUAUUGGUCGAAGCAACGCACAAGCAACCUAUGCAUUGGGGAUCGUGGUUGGAAUUAGCUUCUUUGGUAACCGAUAGAGAAAAAUUAGAAAACCUAUGUUUGCCCAAUCAUUGGAUGAAACAUUUCUUCGUGGCUCACAUGUAUUUAGAAUUACAAUUAAUAGACGAGGGUUUAGCUUUAUAUUGCAACUUACAAUCAAUGGGAUUCGAAAAGAAUGGUUACGUACGUGCUCAAACUGCGAUCGCAGUACAUUAUAGGAGAGAUGUUGACAAUGCUAUAGAGACAUUUAAAAGAAUAAUUAAAGAAGACCCCUAUUGUUUGGAUAAUAUGGACACGUAUUCCAAUUUACUUUACGUAAAAGAAAUGAGAGUCGAAUUGGCAAACUUGGCUCACAGAGCGACAGAAAUAGAUAAAUAUAAAUUAGAAACAUGUUGUAUAGUAGGAAAUUACUACAGUUUAAGAGGAGAUCAUCAAAAGGCAGUGAUGUAUUUUCACAGGGCAUUGAAAAUGAAUCCACAGUAUCUUUCAGCCUGGACAUUGCUUGGUCAUGAAUUCAUGGAAAUGAAAAACACUAAUGGUGCUAUUCACAGUUAUCGUCAAGCAAUUGAAGUGAAUAGGCGGGAUUAUAGGGCUUGGUAUGGUUUGGGUCAAACGUAUGAAAUUUUGAAAAUGCCUUUCUACGCAAUCUAUUACUAUAAACAGGCACAACUUUUGAGGCCACACGACAGUAGAAUGGUAUUAGCUUUGGGAGAAGCGUAUGAAAAGCAAGACAAAAUACAAGAUGCUCUCAAAUGUUAUUACAAAGCAUGCAGUGUUGGCGACAUCGAAGGAAUGGCAUUGUUAAAAUUAGCUACGCUGUAUGAGAAGUUGGGUGAACACGAUAGCGCGGCAGCAGCUUACAAUGACUUCGUUAUGGAUGAGUCUAGAAACGCGGAUAGAACCGAUUUAAGCCACGCGUAUAAGUAUCUCACGCAGUAUCAUUUAAAACGGGAACAGCUGGACCAAGCUAAUCAUUACGCACAAAAGUGUUUGCAAUUCGAUGAAACGAAAGAGGAAGCUAAAGCACUACUGAGAACGAUCGCUCAAAAGAGAGUAAAAGUGGAGGAGACUUCGAUGGUGGUAGAGGAUAUGAACGAAACGGAUCCCAUAAUCGAUCGAGGAGAAAGAACCGACUCUACUCCGGGAAAUCAGUUGUCGCCGAUGAACCUAUCGUUCAUGCCCACGCCAUAAGGCAUCACGAUAGGAAGAAAAAAAAACGCGUCAAUUGUUAAAGUUGUCGCUUUGUACGUUGUAUAUAUUUCUAAUAAACUUUUGAAACGGAUGCGUCAGGG